GUUUAAUAUGUUUGAGCUGCAAAACUGAAUAGUAUUUAUUUAUUCCAAUUAUGAUUAAAGAUAGACUGAAAGAGUUACAAGCUGCCAAACAAAAUACAAUCUUCAAAAUUCUAAUUUGUUUUGUGUAUAGAAAAAACGGCUAAAUAGAUAUUAAAUCUAUACCCGCGAUACAGAGUGCAAGUAGUGACCGUCCAUAAAAGUUGAUUAUGUCGUAGUAUGAUGGGUUGUUUUGGAUUAAAAACGAGACACGAUUAAACAAAACGUGGGACAUUAUUUUUGUAUAUUAUGCUCAUUAUAAUAUUAUUUUGGUGUACCUACACAUCAUCAACCAUGGUAUAACGUAUGUAUAUAUAUAAUUAUAUUUUUUACCACAAACAUUACAUACACAAUUGGUUUAUUGUUGUGCCAACUGCAGUCCUGAUCUAUCUGUUGAAAAUGGCACCAAUUAAUUUUCCCUAACACAAUGACUUCAAGGCCUGCAUAUAGAUCGUAGAAGAUGUAUUUCCAAAUCACGUCAAUAGAAUGGAUUCCCGAAAUAACAUGAGAGGAGUGGACAAUGUAGCUUUGGACAUGCAAUACUCAGAGUACAGUUACAUGGAACAUUUUUUCGAUCAGAUAGAACAGUGUCGGAUAAAAAUAAAACAAAUUAAAGAGCACGUAGUGUUGAUGAGGACGUUGCACGGAAAGUUACUACUUCUACCCAGGCAAGAUGAAAAUAUGAAACGAGAAAUAGAUACAAAAACGGAAAAUGUAAAAAAAAUGGGUAAACAAGUCAGCACCACAUUGAAAGGUCUAGAGAAACAGAUCAACCAGGAAGAAGACGAGUCUUCCGGUGACAAUAACGUACAAGUGAGCGCUGCAUUGCGGAUACGAAAAACCCAACACGCCACCACAAUACACAUGUUAGUCGAAGCUCUGGCUGAAUUCAACGCCGAGCAGAUCAUCUACAAAGAAAAAUGCGAGGAACGCAUGCAGAAAGUCGUGUGCAUAGCGAAAGCCGAAAUAUCCAACGAUCAGUUCGACGAGCUAGUCAGCCAGGGCAACUAUUCAGCCGUGUUCAACGGCAACAUAAUUGCCGAAACGUUGGAAGCCAGGAGCACGUUACAAGAAGUCCAAGACAGGCACUUGGAACUGCUGAAACUGGAGAAGAGCAUCCAAGAGCUCCGGGACAUGUUUGUCGAGAUGGCCAUGCUGGUCGAAAAGCAAGGUGACAUAAUUAAUAGUAUAGAACAACACGUUUUAAGGGCUGGAGAAGCUGCUGAAAAUGCCAAAGUAGAAACCAAAAAAGCAGUAAUAUACUCUAGUAAAGCGAGAGUGAAAAAAAUCGUCUUGAUGAUGAUUUGCACCUGUGUGGUCUUAUGCGUGGUAGCGUGGCUGUACUCGAGUUUUUUUGGAAACGAUGAAACCACCGAAACCUGACAUUUCUAUAACUUAUUUUUGUAUAAUAUAUUUUAACUGUUAGGUAAAAUGCUGUGAUAUUUGUGCAAAUAUAUAUAAAUAUAU